AGCAAAGCUAAAACAAUCGCUUUUGGCCAAGACGUCGGUGCAUUGCUGAGCAACUUGUUCGGUCAGCGCCAAAACAAACGCGUGAGCGAAUUGCCAACUACCGACUGUCGACCGCUGACUGCCCACGCCGUGAGAAACAGGUCGAGAAACAGCUGCGCCGCUGCUGUGGCUUCUGUACCUUCGAAUUGUUGGCCCAUCGUAUUGCAAUCUGGUCGACUCAAGUGGCCUAUAGUGCGCCAAAAACAUUAAGCAAUCCAUCCGAACGAAGCAAAAAGUGUUGUGUGUGUAAAAUGUUUGCGAAUUUUUGCUUUUAAAAUUUUAUUUUGGAAUAUAAAUUCAGCUGAAAACAAACUAGUCGCAAAUUUGUGCAAAAUGUUGUUUAAAGUUAUUUCGGUCUUAAGUUGUUUACUUUUUGCGGUGCCAACUCAUACACUCGCACAGGGCUUCUACUCCAUAAUCGCACCAAAUACCCUGCGGCCCAAUUCACAGUUCCAUGUGGCAGUCAGUUUACACAAAGCCGUUGAAUCGGUGCGAUUUAAAGUGGGAAUAUUAGGAAGCAAUUAUACUGAUUUCAAGACGGUGGAGCUGCGUCCCUUCUCCACGCAACUGCUUCACUUCGAGAUACCUGCGCUGAAACAGGAUCGCUAUCGGCUGACCGCAGAGGGUGUGUCCGGCUUGGCAUUCACCAAUGAGACUCAAUUGCACUUCGACCCGAAGCAGUUCACGGUGCUGGUACAGACCGACAAGAGUAUAUACAAGCCCGGGGACUUGGUGCACUAUCGCGUACUUCUGUUAGACUCGAACCUGAAGCCUGCGCGAGAGUACGGUCGAGUUAAUCUAGAAAUAAGGGACGCCAGAGACAAUGUGAUUCGAAGUGACAAGAACAUACGCUUUACAAACGCGGUUUACUCGAAUGAGCUACAGCUUUCAAAGUAUCCGCCAUACGGUGCAUGGUCAAUAGUCGUGGAGGUUGCAGAACAGCACUACAGACAAGUCUUUGAGAUACUCGACCACAUAUUGCCGAAGUUUGUGAUUGAUAUCGACACGCCCAAACACGCGAUCUACAAAGAUGGCAAGAUUAGCGCCACAAUUCGAGCUUACUACGCUUUUGGCCAACCCAUCGUAGGCGAGGCCACCCUAUCCAUCUACCCCACCUUUGUUGGUUCUCUGCAGCCCUUUGUCAACGAUCUUAUUACGCGCAAAGUCGUGCCCAUCGACGGAAGUGCCUAUUUUGAGUUUGAUAUAGUGAACGAGCUAAAGCUGAAGCAGGACUAUGAACGGCAGUAUCUGCUGGACGCCUUGGUCGAGGAGAGGUCUACUGGAUCGGUGCAGAAUUUCUCGACGGUACUGACUCUGCAUCUGAACCACUUUCGUGUGGAGACAGUGAAGGUGCCGAGCUACUACAUACCAGGAGUUCCGUUCGAAGCUACGGCGCGCAUUGUGCGAAACGAUGAAGGACCUCUGCGGGACUUCAAUCCAGAGGUCACAGCAUACCUGACGAACGUUUAUGGAAGCAACGAGAUGUACAACAAAUCCAUCUACAGUUUGGACUCGCGAGGAGAAGUAAAGAUGAGGUUCACUGUGCCGGUAGGUGACCGCGAUGACUUCCACUCAAUAAUUGUGGACUACCGAGGGGUCAUUACCGAUGUGGGUAAGAUACCACGUAAGCACUUGCAUAGCAAAAAUUUCAUUACGGCAAAGGUGCUAAACGAUAAACCCAUGGUAAAUCAGGAAAUAGCAGUGGAAGUGCAAGCAAACGAACCCAUGAAGUAUUUCAUUUAUCAAAUAGUAGGCCGUGGCGAUAUUAUACUUUCGCGGGCAGUUGAUCAGGUGGCGGAUAAAAGAAAUCACGUUAUCAAGUUUCUUGCAUCGUUCGCCAUGAUGCCGCGUGCUAAGCUAUUCGUCUAUAUGGAAGUUAAUGGGGAACUGAUCUACGAUGAAGAGAUAAUACAGUUUGAAGAAACUCUUUUGAAUUCUGUCCAAGUGGAGGCACCAGUCAGAGCUCCGCCUGGCCAGAACAUUGAUAUAACCAUAAGCACAAAACCCUAUUCGUAUGUUGGUCUCAUAGCUGUGGAUCAAAAUGCGGAUGCCCGAGUGGGCAAUGAUCUGACCCACAAACGCUUAAUGAGUGCGCUGAAAGCAUAUGAGCUGAAUGAUAUUAAUACACCCAUUGGCUCUCCAGGCAAGGAAUCGGGUGUUAUCACUAUGUCCAACACGGAUUUCAUAAUAGAAAAAGAGCCUGAACCUACAUACACAAUUGAUCGGGAGAGCGAAAACGCGAUAGAAGGCGAAAAACCGACCGCCAUACGCAAAACAGACAUUGGUCCGGCCCACAAAAUCGAGGUUAAUACGCUGCCACCGGGUAAAGGUCGUUACGCCUUCUCCUAUACACCGAAGCCCUUCUGGCACAAUCCCCGCAUUCACGUCAUGCACGAUCCAGCCAGCACCUGGCUCUUUAUGAAUAUAUCCGCCAGCAGCGACGGCCGCAGCACUAUACAUAGACGGAUACCGAGCGAAAUGACAUCUUGGGUACUGUCCGCCUUCGCUCUAGAUCCCGUAAAUGGUCUAGGUCUGACUUCGGCGGCUGGCAGCUUGGAAGCUUUUAAGGAGUUUUAUGUAUCAACCGAGCUGCCAUAUUCCAUACGAAGAGACGAGGUCAUUGCAUUACCCUUUGUAGUGCACAAUAAUCGUGAUAGCGAUUUCAAAGUGGAUGUGACAUUUUACAACACAGCGCAGGACUUCGAUUUUCCACAGCUAGACAGCCGGCAAGCCAACAAACCUAAAGUGGAACUGUACAGCCGUCGCUCUAUAAAUGUUCCCGGCAAAUCAUCCCGCUCCAUAUCAUUCAUUGUGACCCCGAAACGUAUUGGCGCUAUUCCGGUGAAGGUCGUAGCUACAACUCCACUGGCCGGGGACACCGUAGAGGCGACACUUCUUGUGGAGCAUAGCGGAGCGCAAGAGGUGGUCAACCACGGAUUACUUUUCGAACUAAACUCAAACAAGCAGCGUACCGAGAACGUUACAAUUCGAGUGCCUCGCAAUGCCAUAAUGGACUCCACGGUGAUUACAGUAUCCGCCGUGGGUGAUUUGGUUGGCAGUAUGGUUGGGAAUAUUGAGAACCUGAUAAGCCUGCCCACAGGCUGUGGUGAGCAGGCACUGAUUGGCUUUAUACCCAACAUUUUGGCUCUGCGUUAUUUAAGCCGCACACGCCAAUUAACGCCCGCCUUGGAGGUGCGUGCCAAGCAAAAUCUGGCUUUGGGCUAUCAGCGUUUGCUUUACUAUCGCCACGAAAACGGGGCUUUCAGUGCGUUUGGACUAUCUACCAAGCAGGGCUCCACUUGGUUGACUGCAUAUGUUGCGAAAGCUCUCCGUCAAGCUGCUCCAUUCACCCAAAUUGACGAACACAUUGUGGAAACUGCUCUGGCCUAUUUGACGAGCGUACAGUCUGGCGGUGGUGGUUUCGAAGAACAUGGAGAUAUUUUCGAAAACUUUUCGGAUGAAGGCCUAAGCCUAACCGCAUUUGUGACACUGGCCCUAAUAGAGAAUGUGGAACUAUAUCCAAAAUACCGGAAUAACAUCAACAAGGCGCUAGAUUUCAUAACACGUAAUUUAGAAAUAUCCAACAAUUUCCAUGCUAUGGCUCUGGGCACCUAUGCUCUGACUCGUGCCAAUCACAACGCUCAGGCCGCUUUUCUACAACGAUUGGAUUCGAUGGCUACCAAUAAAGAUGGUCGCAAAUGGUGGAACAAGGCAGCACCUGCAAGUGAACACCAAUCACCGUGGUAUAAUACCACACGUUCCGUCAACAUUGAAAUCGCGGCAUAUGCUGCUCUGGCACUGUUGGAGAAUAAUCUUGUGGCGGAAGCACUACCCGUGGUGAGGUGGCUGAUGAAUCAGCGAAACGAGUUUGGUGGCUUUGUUGCUUCCCAAGAUACCAUUGUUGGACUGCAGGCCCUUAUAUCGUUUGCCGAGCGUUUUUCCACCGAAGGAAACAAUGUACAGAUCGGAUUUAAAUACGGCGAAGGUGCUGAAACGGUACUAAAUGUGAAUGCGCAGAACUCGCUGGCACUACAAAGCGUUGAGCUACCCAGUACACUUAAGAAUGUGAGCAUAUCAGCCACUGGCCGUGGCAUGGCGUUGGCGCAGAUCACUUACAAAUACAACACCAAUGUGACCAGCGCGUGGCCACGCUUCGUGCUCGAUCCAACUGUAAAUAGGAACUCACACUCGGACUAUUUGCACUUAUCGGCGUGCGCCAGUUUCGUGUCCGUGUCCGGCGAUGCUGAACGCUCAAAUAUGGCCGUUAUGGAAGUAUUUUUGCCGAGCGGGUUCGUUGUCGACAUUGACACUCUCCCCACCCUGGAGUCCAGUGAACGCAUCAAAAAGGUGGAGACACAACGCCGUAACACAAAGGUCAUCAUCUAUUUCGAUUACCUGGACAGGCGGGAAGUUUGUCCCACGCUACACGCUUACAAAACUGUCAAAAUCACCAAGCACAGACCUGUACCAGUCAUUAUGUAUGACUACUACGACAACGCUCGUCGCGCCCGCCAGUUCUAUCGAGCUCCCAAGUCGAACAUCUGUGACAUCUGCGAGUAUGCUAACUGUGGGGACAUUUGUGAGAAAGCGGAGAAGCGGGAGUCGCGAGAGCCCGGCGACGACAGCAGAUUGGGAUCCCGUAGCUCCGCCUCUAGUCGAGGUGCAGCUGCAAUCAUUUUGGUGCUACUUUUAGCUCUGUUCAGUGCGAUAUCGGUUCUCCCGAUCCAGUGAUCAACGCUCAACAGGAGAAUGGAAAGAAUUUGAAAAGAAAGCUUUAACAAAACUACUCACAUAAUUAAUUAGCUAGCGUAAUAAACACUGUAACUAUAUGCUAAACUAUUGCCAAUAAAAUAUAUUUUAGAUUAA